UUUUUUUUUUCUUUUUUAACAAAAAAAAAAAAUUAAUUUCCAGCCAAUAUCUUUUUGAUUUGUAUUAGUUAUUGUUACAACAUGAAGCGAAUUUUAUUCAUCAUUACCGUUCUUUUACUCAUCUUACAAAAUGCAUACGCAAUGACUAUUGAACUUGAACCCACUCAAAUAGAUUGUUACUAUGAGGAUCUUGAUGUUGGGGAAAAAAUUACAGUAUCUUAUCAGGUUGGUGAAGGCGGCAAUCUUGACAUUGACUUUUGGGUGCAAGAUCCAACUAACUCUAUUGUUAUUUCUACCACAAGAACUACCUCUAAUAUUCAUUCUCUUCAAGCAAAUAUCAAAGGAAGAUAUACUUAUUGUUUUAGUAAUGAGUUUUCAACCAUGUCUUCGAAGAGAGUAGGGUUCAAUAUUCAUAAUAAUAUUAUACAAAAUUUCCAUGAUAGCAUUAAGGAACAUACCGAUCCUCUUGAAAAGGAAAUUGCAGAGUUAGCAGAGAGUAUCUUUGCUGUUAAGGCACAACAAGAAUAUAUAGUCGUCAGAGAGCGUCAACACAGAGAUACUGCUGAAAGUACAAAUUCUCGUGUUAAAUGGUGGUCUAUGAUUCAACUUAUUUUAUUAAGUAGUGUUUGUUUAUGGCAAGUUUACUAUCUUAAACGAUUUUUUGAAAUUAAGAGAGCUGUAUAAAAGAAACAAACAUGUAAUAAUCAGUACAUGGAUAUUUUUUUUUAUUAUUGCUUUAAAUAAUCUUUAUUAAGCCA